ACAAUGGGUAUUCAGACCAAAAGGAAAAAAUGACAGUCACCUGACAGUGUGGUGCCCAGCCAACCAGCUAUACCUAUUUUGAAGAUUUUAAGAACUUAGCCUCCUGAACAGUCUUCUUCGAAAGUGAAAAGUGGUAACAGCUGAGGAGUAUCAAGAAAUUAUUUUCUGCAAAGGGGCAGAGUUAAUUGUAUUUGGAACCCGUAACAGUACCUAUUGGGGAAAGACUUCUAAGUGAGGAGAAACGGCUCUACAGGUCAUGAAACUAUGGAAAUGAGAUGGUUUUUGUCGAAGAUUCAGGAUGACUUUAGAGGUGGAAAAAUUAACCUAGAAAAAACUCAGAGGUUACUUGAAAAAUUAGAUAUUCGGUGCAGUUAUAUUCAUGUGAAACAGAUUUUUAAGGACAAUGACAGGCUGAAAAAAGGAAGAAUCACCAUAGAAGAAUUUAGAGCAAUUUAUCGAAUUAUCACGCACAGAGAAGAAAUUGUUGAGAUUUUCAACGCAUAUUCUGAAAACCGGAAAAUUCUUUUAGAAAAUAAUCUGGUUCAAUUUCUGACACAAGAACAAUAUAUAGCUGAGAUGAGUAAAACUAUUGCUUUUGAGAUCAUUCAGAAAUAUGAGCCUAUCGAAGAAGUUAGGAAAGCACGCCAAAUGUCAUUUGAAGGUUUUGCAAGAUACAUGGAUUCACGUGAAUGUCUACUAUUUAAAAAUGAAUGUAGAAAAGUUUAUCAAGAUAUGACUCAUCCAUUAAAUGAUUAUUUUAUUUCAUCUUCACAUAACACAUAUUUGGUAUCUGAUCAAUUAGUGGGACCAAGUGACCUUUGGGGAUAUGUAAGUGCCCUUGUAAAAGGAUGCCGUUGUUUGGAGAUUGAUUGCUGGGAUGGAGCACAAAAUGAACCUGUUGUAUAUCAUGGCUACACACUCACCAGCAAACUUCUAUUUAAAACUGUUAUCCAAGCUAUACACAAGUACGCAUUCAUGACAUCUGACUACCCAGUGGUGCUCUCUUUAGAAAAUCACUGCUCCCCUGCCCAACAAGAAAUAAUGGCAGACAUUUUGCAGACGACUUUUGGAGAGUCCUUGCUUUCUGAUAUGCUUGCUGAUUUUCCUGAUACUCUACCAUCACCAGAGGCACUAAAAUUCAAAGUAUUAGUUAAAAAUAAGAAAAUAGGAACCUUAAAGGAAACUCAUGAAAGAAAAGGUUCUGAUAAGCGUGGAGACAAUCAAGACAAGGAAACAGGGGUAAAAAAGUUAUCUGGAGUAAUGCUUUUCAAGAAAAAGAAGACCAGGAAGCUAAAAAUUGCUCUGGCCUUAUCUGAUCUUGUCAUUUAUACUAAAGCUGAGAAGUUCAAAAGCUUUCAACAUUCAAGAUUGUAUCAGCAAUUUAAUGAAAAUAAUUCUAUUGGGGAGACACAAGCCCGAAAACUUUCAAAAUUGAGAGUCCAUGAGUUUAUUUUUCACACCAAGAAGUUCAUUACCAGAAUAUAUCCCAAAGCAACAAGAGCAGACUCUUCUAAUUUUAAUCCCCAAGAAUUUUGGAAUAUAGGCUGUCAAAUGGUGGCUUUAAAUUUCCAGACCCCUGGUCUGCCUAUGGAUCUGCAAAAUGGGAAAUUUUUGGAUAAUGGUGGUUCUGGAUAUAUUUUGAAACCACAUUUCUUAAGAGAGAGUGAAUCAUACUUUAACCCAAGUGACAUAAAAGAGAGUAUGCCAAUUACACUUACAAUAAGGCUCAUCAGUGGUAUCCAGUUGCCUCUUACUCAUUCCUCAUCUAACAAAGGUGAUACAUUAGUAAUUAUAGAAGUUUUUGGUGUUCCAAAUGAUCAAAUGAAGCAGCAGACUCGUGUAAUUAAAAAAAAUGCUUUUAGUCCAAGAUGGAAUGAAACAUUCACAUUUAUUAUUCAUGUCCCAGAAUUGGCAUUGAUACGUUUUGUUGUUGAAAGUCAAGGUUUAAUAGCAGGAAAUGAAUUUCUCGGGCAAUAUACUUUGCCACUUCUAUGCAUGAACAAAGGUUAUCGUCGUGUUCCUCUGUUUUCCAGAAUGGGUGAGAGCCUUGAGCCUGCUUCACUGUUUGUUUAUGUUUGGUACGUCAGAUAACAGCUAAUGAUAAAUGACAUAUCAUUAGCUAUGCAUUGCAAUAAAAUAGCCAAAAUGAA